UGUGUGUGUGUGUGCAGCAUGGUGAGCAGUGGCAGAAGAGUGGCUGCACCAGGUGUGUGUGUGAUCGUGGCCAGUCUCGCUGUCACACACACACCUGUCCACCCAGGACCUGUGAGAAGGGCCAGACCAAGGUAAAGAGGGCGGGGCAGUGUUGUGACGAGUGUGUCGCCGCCAAAGGAAGCUGUCUGUACGAGCUUACCGUGCGUUACCACGGUGACAUGUGGAACGGCACCGGCUGCGAGUUCUGCACCUGCGAGAGGGGACAGGUCCUCUGCCAGAGAGCCCAGUGUGCUCGAGUAGAAUGCCCGACGGGAUCAGAGCUGGUCCACCUACCAGGGAAGUGCUGCCCCGAGUGUCAGUCCAUGAAGACCUCUUGUGUCUACCCACAUCAGUCCUCUGGGAAGGAACAGAGGCGACUGGCGAACCUGGAGAGGUGGAGUGAGGGCCCAUGCAGGGAGUGUGAGUGUCGUGAGGGCAGAGUGACCUGCUUCCUGGCGUCCUGUCUCACCUGUCCCCUGGGGAUGCUGGCUGUGCCUCGCCAGGGACAGUGUUGCCCAGAGUGUCAACAGGGUGAGAGUG